AUUUCCAGUCGUGCCUGAUCUGCAUCGCCCGGCGCCUGCCCCGCCCCCCGGCCGUGACCCCUCCGGAAUCCUUCGUCACCAAACAGGACACCACCGGGAAGAUCAUCUCCAUCGACACGAGCUCCCUGCGCGCCGCGGGCCGGACGGGGUGGGAGGAUCUGGUCCGGAAAUGCAUUUACGCCUUUUUCCAGCCCCAGGGCCGGGAACCCUCCUACGCCAAGCAGCUCUUCCAGGAAGUGAUGACCCGCGGCGCCGCCUUCAGCCCCUCGUACCGGUUCACGCUGAGCGACGGCACCGUGCUGAGCGCCCACACCAAGUGCAAGCUCUGCUACCCCUCCAGCCCCGAGCUGCAGCCCUUCAUCAUGGGCAUCCACGUCAUCGACAGGGAUCACGGGAUGCUCCCCCCUCAGGACGCCCCUUCCUCGGCCCUGCCGCGCCUCAGCCCCGCCAUCAGCACCCCCCCCGCGGGCUCUCCGGGGCUGCCUCCCCCCAUCCCCAACUCCAACGGCACCGGCGCCUUCGGAUGCUCCCCGGGAGGCCAAAUGGGAGCGGCGGGCCCCUUGAACCAAGGACAGGGAGCCAACCCCGCCCUGGGCAGCCCCGCCAUCGGCCCCUCCCAGGCACCGCCACCGCAAUUCCUGUCCCCGCGCCACCGCCUCAGCCCCGGAGCCGUGCCCCGCGCCAGAGGGCCCCCCAACCCCCUUCCCAACCCCCUUCCCAACGCCAUUCCCAACGCCAACCCCAACCCCAGCCCGUUCUCCCCCGCCGGGCACUCCCCGGUGGGCGGUGGGGGGGGCGGUGGGAGCGGUGCCCGCCCCUUCCCCGCCGGUCCCGGUCCCGGUCCCGGUCCCGGCGCCGUCAGCUCGGCGCUGCCCGAGGGGCCCGUGGGUUAUUCCACGCCGCCACCACCGGCACCAGCAGCAGCGCUGAGGCAGCUGGGCGGCUCGCAGGGCUCCCCCGGCCGCCUGCCCGGCAAGGCCGAGCCCAGGGAGGGCAGGGAUGACGCCCCUGGGGACACCGAGGGCAAAGGGGCGGCGGAUCCGGGAGCGCCGCGCCUCGAUGGCGAUCCCAAGUGCCCACCGGGAUCGGGACCGGGAUCGGGAUCGGGAUCGGCGCCCCACAAGCUGGUGCAGCUGCUGGCCAGCACGGCCGAGCAGCAGCUGCGGCUGGCCGAUGCCGACACCAGCUGCAAGGACCCGCUGGUGCUGGGAACCGGGAAUGCUGGAACCGCCGCCGGCUCCAUCGUCACCGGGACGUGCCCGUCCUCCCACAGCUCCCUGACGGAGCGGCACAAGAUCCUGCACCGGCUGCUGCAGGAGGGCAGCCCCUCCGACAUCAGCGCGCUGGGCAGCGCCGAGCACGACAAGAAGGAGAGCUCGGGCGUUCCCGGUGCUGCUCCCGUUCCCGGCGGUGCUCCCGUUCCCGCCGGUGCUCCCGGUGGUGCUCCCGGUGGCGAUGCCGAGGCGCUGAAGAAGAAGGAGGCCAAGGACCACCAGCUGCUGAGGUACCUGCUGGACAAGGACGAGAAGGAGCUCGGCCUGGACGAGGGGAAGGUGAAGGUGGAGAAGGCGGAGCCGGCAGAGCCCUGCGGGGCCGCGCCCGCCGCCGGCCCCGGGACAUCGGCGGUGCUGGGAGAGGAGGGCAAGGUGGACACCCAGGGGCAG